GUAUUUAUUCAAACAUUUAAUACCAGUGGUGACAAGUGCUCUUGAACGCAGCUCUUGUGGCGUCUCGCAGCGCUGCUGAAUGCAGGCCCCUGAUUGGCUUGCGGCUUGUGACUUGCAGCCUGAAGUGUGCUCGAUUCUGUAUCAGCAUCUACUGCAGGGGCGGAGCUCCAGGUCUGCUCCAGUAUUCUCAAUCGUGCAGACUCCACCCGCGCAGAUACUCUCAACACCAAAACACGCGCUCCCAAUCUUUCACCAAGAACUCGCGCGGAGUUUAGAUCUUGUACACAGGGCGGGAGAUGUUGAACAGUGGGGGAUAGAAAUAUCGGUUUUUGGUAUUUAAAAUAGCGUCAAAAUAAAGUAGAAUAGCAGAAAGAGUUUGAACAAGAAACGGCUUUGUUUGGACGACGACGCAAAGAUGGAAGACUUUGGAGUAUAUGCGGUUUUCGGAGUGCACGGUCCGCCUCAAAGGCUGCUGAGUGCUGAAGGUUCGUGCAGGGUGUCUGUCGCAGUUCCCCAGAGUGUCCGCCAGGUGGUGCUGUUCAGCAGUGGGCCGUGGGGGGAGAGGAUCUGCGUCAACGCGGAGCUCAACGAUGCUGACCGGUUCCCUAUCACUAUCGGAAAACUGACUCCAUAUAACAAGUGCCUGUCAUGGGAGCAGUGGGAAGAGGAGACCUGGACAAACAGCGUCACACUCAAUGUCACUCUGGAGGGAGGAAACCUGGCAAAAGCAGAUUGGUCAGAGCCAGAGCUCCUGUCUGUGAAGGAAUACACACCAAAGGACACCAUGGCUCCCCUCGCAGCCCGGGAGCUCAACGGCAAGAGGAAGAGAGAGCGAGUGUCAGAGGGAGACACUGAGGAGAAUAAGAUGAAGAUGAGAGGGGAGGAAGAGAACAUGUGUCCAAAUGGCACCGUGGAGAAGACCACGCCUGUGCGAAAGGCCAGAGGUCAAACUAAAGCAGGGCAGAAGCUGUUCAGUAGUGGAGCAGAUGCAACAAAGAUGAAGGGAACAGCAACGGGAGCAGGAGAGGCGCAGGGGACUGUGGGAAGAACGCCUCCUCAGAGUGCAGCCAGGACGAAGAGUAGGCAGGCCAAGACUCCCACACAGACUGCCCCAUUGGCCAGCCCGUCAGGCCGCUGGGGUCAGACUGUGUGCCCCAUCGACGCUCAGACAGCUAUUCUGAUUGGAGGACAGGGAGCCAGGAUGCAGUUCUGCAAAGAUCCCAUGUGGAAGCUCUGCACAGAGGACAUGUCCUGGGUUGCAGCAGAGACUCUGGCAGAGGGUCCAACACCCGAGGCCAGGAUCGGCCACACAGCCAUCUACGACCCAGACUCGAGGCGGAUCUUUGUGUUUGGAGGCUCAAAGAACAAAAAGUGGUUCAACGACGUUCACAUCCUCGACACGCAGAGCUGGAAGUGGACCAUGGUGGAGGCACAAGGUAAGGUUCCUCCUCUGGCCUACCACAGCUGCAGCAUGUUUCGGGGGGAGCUGUUUGUGCUGGGAGGAGUGUUUCCCUGUCCAAACCCGGAGCCCGACGGCUGCAGUGACUCACUGUAUAUCUUCGAUCCCCACCUCUCCAUCUGGUACCAGCCCAUUGUAACUGGUGACAAGCCCUCCCCCCGCUCAGGCCACUCUGCGUGUGUGAUGCAGGAGAGGAAGAUCUAUGUGUUUGGUGGAUGGGACACUCCCGUCUGCUACAAUGACAUGUACAUGUUGGACCUCGGUCUGAUGGAGUUUUCUGCUGUGAAAACAUCUGGGAAAGCGCCCUCUCCUCGAAGCUGGCAUGGCAGUGCCGUGCUCUCAGACACAAAGUUCCUGAUCCAUGGAGGUUACAACGGAAACAAUGCUCUCAGUGACACCUUCAUCUUUGACAUAGACACCAACAGCUGGACAGAGGUGACGCUCCCUCAGCUCUCCAUCCCCAGGGCAGGGCACUCCAUCAUCACCAUGGAGACAGCCAGUCUCCACCAACGUUUCUCAGGGGAGGAUGAAGACGUGGAUAUGGACGCCGGCUCCGUCAGCAGAACCCUGCUGGUGUUCGGAGGCGGAGACAACGAGGGCAACUUCUACUCCGACCUGACGACUGUCGCUGUGGAGGAACUGCUCGGCGUUAUUUAGAGAGAGUGAGUCAGAGGUGAAUCCUCACUCCCUGACUGGAUGUGAAGCUAUUUUAACACCCCCACAGAUCCUUUAUUAUUUAUAUUCCUAUAGUUUGUCUUUGUUUCUGUUUUUUUGUGUGCGCUCUCUCUUCUUUAUUUUGUGGUUUUUAAAGGUUUUUAAGGUCUAUAAUUUGGGCAUUUCUUCAGAUCUCCAAAGUUUAACUGUCGUUUCCAAGGAGUGCAUAACAGGAAGAUUUUUGGCAAACUCCAGAGAAAAGAGAUUCCUCAUUCUCCUCUUGUGGUUACAAUGAUCUUGAUUAAAAACAUCAAACAUUUCAGAUUAUUUAGUAAUCAAGGACAGCAGUCAAUUUUUUAUGUACAUAGUUUCAAGGUUUUCAACUUCUUCCUCGGAUAAAAUGUAUAUUUUUAUUUUUGAAUCAUGAGUAUUAUGGGCUUUCAGUAGCCCUGAUACUUCAAUUCAUGUUUCCGUGCUGUUCAUUUGCACUUGGCUUCUAUCUUUACAUAAUAAACAUUUGAUUUUCAUGUUGUAUUUUAAGCAUAAUCUUCCUUCAGUUGUUUUUCUACUCAAUUGCGUCUAUAAAGAAAGUAGGCCACAUGCACAAAGACCUGAGUUAAACCCAACUUCGACAACCUUUUUCCAUUUGCAGAAUAAUUAACCCACCUUUUUAGUCUGACAUAAGAUGGUGAAGUAUACUUUAUACCAAGUCGUGUCAAACUGAUGCAAUUUAAAUGAGGUUCGACACUUUAAACGGAAAGGCCGAUUAGUAACAUCCCUGCUGGCCCGGUAACUCAACACUAACACGGGCUAAUGUCAGACUAGCAGAGCAACACUGAUGCUAUCUUCAAAGAGCCAGAGCUAAAUGGAGACAUUUUAAUAAAAGAUUAGAGCAGCUUGAGAGGGAUUAUCUUCUUUUCUGCUGAAUAGCUGAUAAUGGUGUCAUGAUGUGGCUGUUUUUUACCUUUUAAUAUUUUCAUUGGAUUAUACAGCCAACCUCUCACACAAGUCAGUUAAUGCCGAGUCAUUUAAUGCACAAACUAGCGGUACAUUAAGUAUUUCCAUGUUUGGUCGUCCCCCAGAGCAGAAAUCAUAAUGGAAACUUGGUCCCCAAAAAAACAUGGGGGGUUAAAACAUUCUACAGUUAAACACCUAAAGGGUAAAAUGCGUAUUUUUCAGUCUGUAGCCUAUUUUGGUGUCUAAGUGACAAAUGGGAACAACAACCUUUGAAAUUGGUCCUUUACUGAGCAAGAGGGCUGCAGCCACAAAACGGACUGCAGUGUAAUUCUUCAGGGUAUCAACUUCCUUGUUUUUGCCACUGACAGACUCAGAUUAUUAUUCUAAGUGUCUGACAACAUUAUG